GCAAGACGCCAUUUCAGUGAUUGAAAGAGCAAGAUCGGUGUUCUCCCUUCCAGCGCAAUUAAGAAAUGCGGCGCAGAAUAGAGACGACGACAGAUUUGUCAGUGUCUUCAACAGAGCACAAGGACUUGCCAAAGAAACGGAGGUUUCGAUUUAUCAAGACGUCUUGAAAGAUUGUAAUAUCACUGCACAGAAGUUCUCUGAUGAGUUGUUUGAUACGAUCAGUUUGUUGUCAUUGACACGAAAUCAAUAUGAUCGAUGCUUGACGACACUCUUUGAAUUGAAACAAUUCCCCGUCAUUGUGUUACGGGACAACCCCGUUAUCUUCUUAUUGAGAACACAUCGAGACAUCUUAAGAAAAGAAUACGAAAUCGCGUUUGAUAAAUUGACGACGAAAAAGUAUGAGAAGAAGCAAGACAAAGUGGUGAUGCAAUCGAUGAAUGUCCUUGCGAUGACUUCCUCUAAACACUCGGUGAAUACGCGAUCGUCAACUCUGUCGACUGGACAAACUACACAAGGCAAAAAUGACGCGAACCACAUGAUAUUGAAAAGUAAGAAAUACCAAACUGUCACUGUGUUUUGCGAUAAAAUGCUGGAACAUAUGCCGAAGCUGAUUGGUGUAGUGCAAUUUUCGACUGUCAAAAAGAAAGAAGAUGAAGACAACAAUUCGACACAACUCAGAAAGACGUCCGUCAUAUUUGAAGACGGCUCUGUAGUGUCUGUGUCAUAUUCUAAGACUACAACAGCCAGCAUCUUUCUGGAUUUGGCAGUCAGCACAUAUAAGUUGUCAAAACCUGAUAUGAAAGACGACGUUGAGUAUGAGUUGUGCAGUUUCAUAGGGAAGACUAAUGAGAAGAAUCAAGAGGUGCUGAGUAGCGCAUUGAAAGAGGCGAUUGUGAUUGGGGAGAGUGACUUCCCAUAUGAGUUGGAGACGAUUUGGAUGACUGCUGCCAAAGAAGUGUCACAUGGUUUCUUUGCACGAGAGAAACAAGGCGAUGCCGAUAAAGUGUCUUCUUCUGAUCGUUCGGCGUAUGUUGUGAAAAUAGUGGAGGACUUUUGUGAGAACAUGAGUAAAGUGUUUAAGUAUGAGGAUAAGACAAACACGGAUCUUGAACACGCCAAUGCAGAGAAUUUAGUCGAGAAGAGUUGCUUGGAAGCAAUAGAAAAUGUCUUAGUUGGAUUCAAGGCACAACAAGUCGAAGAGAAGUACAUUGAACCGCUUCGAAAGGCACAUGGGGAGUUAGUGAGUUCAUUUAUCGAGAGAAUUACAGAGCACACAAGAGCGAGAAUCAUUGCGAUGAAAGACACGGACGAAGUCUUUUUAAAUCCGGGGAAUGGGAUAUUAGUUGGGUUUCAAAGGAUAUACACGGAAGACUUUAAGAUGCUGAAAGAGAUCAUUCAAGCGACUGAAAACCCGGACGAACAAGUCAUUCAGUUCUUUGGUAUUUCCGUCAAAGCGUUGAAAGAAUUCUUUGAGAUUGCGAGUAAGGAGUGUGUUGACUCAUUGCUUGCACGGAAGAAGAGAGAGAAUGAAAGUUUCGAAGAGGGCAUCAAUGAGAUUUCCGAAUACUCGCAACUUACUAAGCAGCGUAAGUUACUUUCACUCACUGAAAAUUCACAGAACGCACUUUCUGGACAAUCUCUGUGGGAUUUGUACACGUUCUCGUCGACCAAAAAGGACUUAGUGGUUGAAGGCAAUUUGAAAGUGAAAGAAGUGCUGAAAGAGUUUGAAGAGAUCUCCAAAAAGAUACUAGAAGAUUACAUUGAUGAUAGGAGUGUGUAUUUCAAUGAUAUGAUGAACCGAAUUGAUGCGAAGUAUUACGAGACGUGGAUUGUCGAAGACAUCGACUUUAAAGGUGUUGAUGAGUAUGCGUUGAAUAUUGUGACUGAACUCAUUGUAGUCAAACAAGACUUGCAUGUGUUUGCGAUGAGUAAAGAGAGUAGUUGCAUGUCGAAAAUCCUCUUGAACUUGAUUAAGUCGUUCAGAGAAGUGACGAAAAAGACGAUGAACGAAAUGAAGGACAAACACAUUCAAGACAAAGAAGCUACAAUGGUCUGUAUUCGAUGGAUGAUGGGCGCUAUGUUCCUCAUUAAAGCGUGCAAACCACUUAUUGAAAAGAACACGGCAGAUAACAAAGAGAUUCAGAGUGUUAUGGACGAGAUCAAAGAACUCAUUGGGAAAACAGCGGAAGAUCUUGAACCAAAGAUGAAAGAGACAGUAGACAAGACGAUGACCACAUUUGCGGCUUUAGUCGACGCGUUCAAGUUAACCGCCGCAGUUGAUGAAGAAAAGAGUCAACGAAUAACAAAGUCGAGUCGACCUAUUGUUGGGAAGGAAAAGCAAAGCAUUUCGUUCCUCGACACGCCAAUGGAGGAUAAUUGA